AUGGCCUCCGGCAUGGAUCCCGAUAAGCCCAUCUCGACUUGUCAUGUCGAGGAUACAGCCCCAGCUGCUGAGUCGACAGAUCACCGCCCUGCUCCCGGAACCAUCAAGUUAUUCGAGGACGAUGGAGAAGUCAUUCUCAUCCCGACACCUACUACGGACCCUCGCGAUCCUCUCAAUCUUCCGUCGUGGCGCAAGAUUGUACUCGUUGUCAACGUCUCUGUCUUUGCAGCUACUGCCACCCUCAUGGCAUCUUCCUUCGGCGCAAUCUUGCCCCAAGUUCAAGCCAGCUACGGUGGUGAUCCUCGGACCCACGACCUGGUCACUUACCCUGCCCUUUUUAUUGGCAUCGGUAACUUCAUUUUUGUUCCAGUAGCGCACGCUGUUGGUCGCCGGCCUAUCUACCUGUUUUCCCUUGUGCUGCUCGUUGCUUGCUGUAUCUGGUGUGCCUUCAGCAAAAGCUUAACGUCGCACAUUGCCGGUCGUAACAUCAUGAGUCUGGCAGCUGGACAAGCCGAAGCUCUUUGCCCCAUCAUGGUACAAGAGGUAUAUUACCUACAUGAAAGAGGCUCCAAGAUUGCUUGGUUUUGCGCGGCUCAGGUCCUGGGUACAGCGUGCCUUACUGUUGCCAGUUCUUAUCUUGCCGCCAAUCUUGGUUGGCGCUGGUGGUACGGCAUUUUUGGCAUCAUCAACGGUUUGUGCCUUGUGUCAGCUGCCAUUAUCGUUCCCGAGACUCGCUUCGCUCGAUCAAAGGCUUCAAUCAUCAGUCCUACUGAUGGCAGCUCCAAGCCUGGGGAGAAUGCUGCCGAGCAUGCGACUGUUACGGCCAGUCGGCGUCCCCCAAUCGACUACGAGAACUACCCUGCUCGGACUUUCGCUUACGAUGUGGCCCUGUUCCACAACAAACCUCGCUGGCAAGACGCGAUCGACUGCUGGAAGCAAAUGAUACAAGUGAUUCUAUUCCCCAACAUCCUAUGGCUUGUUCUCUGCAGCGGCGCGUUCUUGGGUAUUUUCGUCAUCUUUGGCGCCGUGUUUGCUGGCGUACUUCUUCAACCGCCGUACGAGUUCAAAGUCGAGUAUUUAGGGUUUGUCUUUGCAGGACAGGUAGUCGUAUCGAUGGUUGUCGUCCCUGCCCAGGGGUAUCUAAGCGACUAUGUCGUGAAAACCUUGAGCAAGAGAAACAAGGGGGUCACAGAGCCUGAGUACCGACUGAUACCUCUUAUCCUGCCAUUUGUGGUUGGUAUAAUCAGCACCGUCAUCUUUGGACAAGCUUGCAAGCACCCUUACGACUGGCACUGGUCGGCCAUCGUUGUCACAUUCAACUCCGAAUUCUUCGGAUUUGUGGGCAUAGUAGUGGCUUCCUUCACAUUCGCUAUUGACAGCUAUCCCGCUCGCAGCGAUGCUAUUCUCGUAGUUCUCUGUUUCGCUCGCGGUGUCAUCUCUUUUGGUCUUUCCUACGGGUCACUUGAGUUCAUUGAAAGGGUCGGGUACGAUGGCGCUUUCAAUAUUUGCGCCAUCAUUCUUGGCGUCCUUGGGAUACUUGGUAUUCCGGUGUACAUCUUUGGCAAGAAAGUUCGACAAAUGACUCAGCCGUGGGCUACGGGUAAGAGUCAGUAG